GGUUGAAAAGCGAACAUCAUCAUCAUCUUUCUUUCGCCGCGCUUCCCUUUGUCUAGCCUGUCCUCUUUCAUCUUUAAUCCUCAAACCAGCCUCCAAUACCUCCUCGAGGCCUCUUUCUUCUAUGACUAUUUAAUUCCUUCUUCUCGUCUCUACUCAGGAAGACAUUUGGACAUUCUGGCAUCAAUCCUCAUCCGGAGCCAACUAGGCUUUCUUUUCCGCACGUGAAGGCAUACAGGGAUACCGUCUGGGCCUUCUCAAUCGUGCAACUAACUUAUCUGGACUUACUACUAUAUUGCUCUUCGUAGUCGAAGGGACCAGGCCCGCUUUACGCCACCACCACCAUCUACCACCAUCUACCACCAGGCAAGAUGGUGUACAUUCGCCAGCACGAACUGCCGAACCUGCGGCAGUACCGCUAUGCGGGAGUGGACCACUCGCUCGUCAGUCGUUAUAUUUUGAAACCGUUCUACAAUGAUUUUGUCAUCAAAUUCUUCCCAAUGAGCAUGGCUCCUAAUGCUAUCACCUUGACCGGAUUCUUCUUUGUGGUAGUCAACUUCAUCACCAUCCUAUGGUACAACCCGACUCUAGACCAGGACUGCCCUCCCUGGGUCUAUGCCAGUUGCGCCCUCGGGUUGUUCCUCUAUCAGACAUUCGACGGUGUAGACGGCAUUCAAGCGCGGAGAACCAAGCAGAGUGGCCCUCUGGGUGAGCUGUUUGAUCACAGUGUCGAUGCUUGCAACACGGCUUUGGGAGUCCUGAUCUUUUGUGCGGCCAUGAAUCUCGGACAGUCAUGGGCCACGAUACUCACUCUUUUCGGAUCAACUAUGACUUUCUACGUCCAGACCUGGGACGAGUAUUACACCCAAGUACUGACCCUGGGAAUCAUUUCCGGCCCCGUGGAAGGUGUCCUCACGCUCUGCGUUGUCUUUGGAUUCACGGCCUACAUGGGUGGCGGCAGCUUCUGGCACCGGCCCAUGCUCGAGACCAUCGGUCUCUCAAAGCCGGGUUUCCUGCCGGAUCAGCUCUACGGAAUGGCCUUUACGCAGUGGUACUUGGUAUAUGGCGGAGUCCUCCUCUUCUUCGCCACGGGUUCCAGCAUCGUACAUGUCAUGAAGAUCCGCCGUGAGCGUGGCCAGGACCCCAUCAAGCCUCUCUAUGGUCUCCUCCCACUCGUGGCUGUAUGGACUCUGGUCCCGGCCUACCUGUCUCUUCAACCGACCAUCCUGGAGAACCACGCGAUUGCGUUCUGUCUGUAUGUUGGCCUGAUCAACGCGUACGCUGUGGGCCGAAUGAUCAUCGCGCACCUGGUCAAGACCAGUUUCCCUUACUUCAACAUGCUCCUGGUUCCUCUUGCCCUGGCUACGAUCGACAGUGCUGGCGACAAGUACGGUCUCUGGUCGAGUGUUCUGGGAAACGAGGCUGGCCAGGUUGCUUUCGUGUGGGUGUGUCUGGGUCUAUCCAUUGGCGUGUAUGGUAGCUUCGUGCAUGAUAUCAUCACAACGAUAUGCGACUACAUCGACAUCUGGUGCUUGACUAUCAAACAUCCGCAACCGCAUGUGGAGGUGGUUGUUGCGAACGGAGUUCCGAAGAAGACGAACUAGUGUCGCAUGUUGAGGUCGUUGUUGUGGGGAUUAGACCAUGAUGAAGAAGUACCGAUGUUGUAUGAUAGAGACGGUGUCGCUCGAUCAUCGGGUGGCGAAGUCAAGCGCAUGGAGUGCACUUGGAUAAUGAUGUCGUGAGGGGGGAGGUUGUGCCGGGGGUGGAGAUGUCGGGUACAUGUCGCCCAGGCCGGACCAUUAGUCAUGAAUUGAAGAUUAAAGCAGCGUAUAUUAUUAGUGUUAGCAAUUUCGCAGCCAGCGAC